UUUUUUAAAAGGAGAUCAUUCUUUAAAAUCUUAAAGGGCAAACUUGAGUCUGAGAAAUUUUCCAUUGAGACAUUUGCCACUGAAAAGGGAAAUGAAUAUUAGGUGCAUCUCUGGAAAUCAAUCUUUGUCCUGCAAGUGUUUCUACAGGAUGGGAAGCAAUCCAGAGUUGCCUAUCAAAAAGAUUUCCUUAUAAGUGCUGUACCUCUUCUCCAGGUGACUGAAGAGGCUGAAUCACCAAGACACAAACAGAAAGCCUCCAAGGAGGAGGGGCAAAAAGACAAAGGAUUUAUAUUUCCUCAUGAUGGAUGCAAUCCUAAUCUCACUGGCCAUACUCUAAACUUCACCUGGAAAAGCAAAAAGACAACGGGGUUUAAAAUGAACUCUCUCAGUACAGCUAAUGUUGAAUUUUGCUUGGAUGUUUUUAAAGAACUAAGUAGCAACCAUGUAGCAGAUAAUGUCUUCUUUUCCCCUUUGAGUUUGCUCUAUGCCCUAAGUAUGCUUUUCCUGGGUGCCCGAGGCAACAGUGCAGCACAAAUGGGAAAGGUGCUACACUUUAGUUAUGGGGAAAUAUCAUCAAAUCCAGAGCUUGAGAAAUCUUCUAAGUGUGGCCUAACUGGAGGGAUACAUUCAGAGUUUCCAGUACUAUUAUCCAAGAUCAGCCAGUCGAAUAGUAAUUACACACUCAGCAUUGCCAACAAGCUCUAUGGUACAAAGAACAUUAAAUUUCAUCCGCAAUAUUUAAGUUGUUCAGAAGAACUAUACCAAUCUGAGCUACAGACUGUAGAUUUUAAGCAUGCUCCAGAGGAAGUCAGGCAAACAAUUAAUGCUUGGGUUGAAAGUAAGACAAACGGAAAAAUCAAGAACCUGUUUAGUAAAGGAACGAUUGACACUUCUUCUGUCAUGGUCUUGGUGAAUGCCAUCUACUUUAAAGGACAGUGGCAGAAUAAAUUUCAGGAAGAAGAGACAAUUAAAAUGCCCUUUAAGCUAAGAGAGGGUAAGAGUGUACCUGUGCAGAUGAUGCAACAAAGUGGAACAUUUAAAGUGGCUCUCAUAAAGGAACCUCACAUGCAAGUCCUAGAGCUUCCAUAUGCUAGUGGAAAUCUAAGCAUGUUUGUACUUCUUCCAAAAGACACAGAGCAGAUAGAAAAGAUUGAGAAGCAACUCAACUUGAAGACAUUCAAACAAUGGACCAGUUCUUUGAUGAUAGAGAAAGAAGUUGAUGUUUACCUUCCCCGAUUCAAACUUGGAAUUAAAUAUGAGUUAAAUUCUUUAUUAAAAACAUUAGGAAUAAGAGAUAUUUUUAACCCUUUAAAAGCUGACCUUUCUGGACUAUCUCCAAGUAGAGACUUGUAUUUAUCAAAAGUUAUCCAUAAAUCCUUUAUAGAUGUUAAUGAAGAGGGUACAGAGGCAUCUGCAGCAACUGGGGAUGUUGUUGUUGUAAAGAGACUUCCCAUUCGGGUCAGGUUCUUGGCUGAUCACCCCUUUCUUUUCUUUUUAAAGCACAUUAAAACCAAUACAAUUAUUUUCUGUGGAAGAUUCUCCUCUCCAUAAACAAGGAGGUGAUGGUAGUAUCAGUCAGGGUUAGAUGUAUCUGCAAAGGUAUAAGGAUAAUUUUCAUGCUUCUAUCACAUGGGAAGAGAAUCACAAGAUUACAAAACAUUUGUAUAUCACCUUUUUUUUCCCCAUUCUUCCCUUCUCGUAGUUCUUACUUGACUAUCUUCAGUAGUGACAUUGUCAAAGAAAUAAGGUCAAUUUAAAACAUGUAUUUUUUUUUCAGCUGGACAUCUUGAUGAGAUUUGAAUAAAUCUAAAUAACUAAAAACCACAAGCCUAGAGAGAAUCACAAAAACUUAACUCUGUUCCAGAAAAAAAAAAUUCAUUAAGUAUCUACUAUGUUAUGGUUAUUGGGACCACAAAUGUGAAAUAGCUUACGUUUUUCUUUCAAAGCAAGCUAGCAGGAAGAUUGAGGUCUGAAAAUCUCCUUUUGAAAUUGACAUUCAUGUGUAAAGAUGAUAUUGUUUUGGCUCAAAAAUGUCAUGCUGAUAAUUAAUAAAAGAAUGAACUAAAUAUUAAUUCCUGUGAUAACUUUUAAUUCCUGGAAGAAUUAAAUAUAAAAGGAAC